AUGGCUGCUUGCCUCAGAGCAGGCAACAGGAGCCUUAUGGCGGGCGGGCAGGACAGUCUCGGUCGCAGGAGAGGUGGCAGCGAUCCCAGCAGAUCUUCCCUGAAGGGGUUUGAUGUGGAUCGCCUCGGGCCUGGGUGGUGUGAUGUGCUACGGCUGUCACAGAGGCUGCGGCAGCGGUGGUGGGGGGAGGGGCUGCGGCAGCAGCACUGUUUGCGCCACAGUGACUGUCCAGUCCGUUGCGAUGUCCCAACAGUGGCCACGGCCGAGCUCUGUAUGAAGAGCAGGCUGCGGUGUUGGGGUCCACAGCCCCCCAGGGCGGGAGUCAGAGACCCACUGCAGAUCUCCUUUGCAGAGGGCUUCAGAGACCGGGUUGCCCCGUCACCAUCUUGCCGCUUCCCACCUGGUCAGUCAUCUUUAGAAAGAGUGCAGGAGACUCGGAUACCAGAAGGCCCCAUUGAUCAGGGGCCAGCUACAGGAAGGGUACGUGUUUUAGAAGAGCAGCUUGUUAAGGCCAAAGAACAGAUUGAAAAUUACAAGAAACAAACCAGAAAUGGUCUGGGGAAGGAUCAUGAAAUCCUGAGGAGGAGGAUUGAAAAUGGAGCUAAAGAGCUCUGGUUUUUUCUACAGAGUGAAUUGAAGAAAUUAAAGUCCUUAGAAGGAAUUGAACUCCAAAGACAUGCAGAUGAAUUUCUUUCGGAUUUAGGACACCAUGAAAGGUCUAUAAUGACAGAUCUAUACUACCUCAGUCAGACAGAUGGAGCAGGUGACUGGCGGGAAAAAGAGGCCAAAGAUCUGACCGAACUGGUCCAACGGAGAAUAACAUAUCUUCAGAAUCCCAAGGACUGCAGCAAAGCCAAAAAGCUGGCGUGUAAUAUCAACAAAGGCUGUGGCUAUGGCUGUCAACUCCAUCAUGUGGUCUACUGCUUCAUGAUUGCAUAUGGCACCCAGAGAACACUCAUCUUGGAAUCUCAGAACUGGCGCUAUGCAACUGGUGGAUGGGAGACUGUGUUUAGACCUGUAAGUGAGACAUGCACAGACAGAUCUGGCAUCUCUACUGGACACUGGUCAGGUAAGGAGCCUGUGCAACAUGUCAGACCUCUUGGUUGAACCACAGCAUCUCCAAUUAUUAGAUUUCUAGGUACAACUUAGUGAACCAAACUCAUCUUUUCUUCUGGAUCCAUGAAUGCUAUAGGUUAUCCAGAUAAAAUCUAGAAGAACAGUGUUUAGUUUAAAAGGUAUGUUAUGAUCUAUUCCAUUACUGAUAUUCAUUUUUGUCUGGAUUUAGCAAAAUUACUGAGGUUUUUCAAGGAGCAUAUUUUAAUGUUCUAUUAAUGGUGAUAUACCUCUCACUUCUUAGGGUGUUUUCACA